UCCCACCUCACCCUCACCACCCUCCACGACGUGCAGCACCCAGGCGCGGCGCGGGGACGAACACCCUCCCUACAUGGACUUUUACCCCUCCCCUCAUAGGGUCGCCGGGUCCGCCGUCUCCCCCUCCGCCAGCGCCGCCCGCGAGCCCAAGCUCCAGCUCCCCACCACCACCGACCCGCCGGGGCCCCAGAACCCCCCCAAACCUCUCGUAUGGCUCAUCUUCGGCGCCACCGGCCACAUGGGCCGCUCCCUGGUCAAGACCGCCUUGUCGCGCGAUGAUCUCGUCGCCGCCGUCGGCCGCACCUUCGAAAACAGCCCCGAAGCCAUGCGCAAGCUCGAGACCGACCACGAGAACUGCCUGGGUCUCCUGUGUGACGUGCGCGCCCGCGAGACCGUCAAACGCGUCAUCGACCGCACCAUCGAACGCUUCGGCCGCAUCGACAUCAUUGCCAAUUGCUCCGGGUACGGAGUCAUCGGCGCCUGCGAAGACCAAGACGAAUACGACAUCCGGGACCAGUUCGAGACCAAUUUCACCGGCACCCUGAACAUGAUCCAGCUCUCCCUGCCCCAUUUCCGGGAGCGGCGGUCCGGCCGAUACCUCAUCUUCAGCUCGACCUCGGGGGCGCUGGGCGUGCCGGGGCUGGGUCCGUAUUGUGCGUCCAAAUACGCAGUGGAGGGCUUGAUGGAGAGUAUGUUGUACGAGGUGGACAGCUUCAACAUCAAAACCACGUUGGUGGAGCCGGGCCACAUGCGACGCGACGACAUCGGCGAUCUCGUGCCGGAUUCGGCCUUUCUGAAUCCCGAACAUAACCUGGCGUCGCCCUUGCCCCUGUACGGGCAUUUCCUGGUCAAGCCGCCCAGUGAGCCGUAUAAUACGCCCACGGCGCCGGCGGCGCAUGCGAAGCGCAUGCUGAUGUGGCUGGGAGAUAAGCAGCCGGCCAGUGCGGUCAAGGCGGCGCAUCUGGUCUGGCAGCUUGGGCAUUGUUCGUAUCCGCCGCUGAGGCUGAUCCUGGGGACCUAUGCGGUCGAGAGCAUCCGGGACCGGUUGAAGUGCAUUAUCGAGGAGAUUGAGGACUGGAAGUAUCUGAGUUUUCCGACGGGGGAGCAGCAGGGGCCGUCGCCGAGGGACAAGGGACCUGCGACCGGGGUGCGAGAGGGCGAUGACAUGGAUGUGAAGUAAGGGCAUGGGCGUGUCUUACUGCUUUUUGAGGAGCAACAUGUUUUGGGGCCAUCCAGCCAGCCCCGCGCUCGCAGGAUGGUAGCGACUGCAAACUCUCAAGCGUUGUUGCUGGGGUACAGCGUACAGGACGGAGUAUCUGCAGCUAUGAAACGGCUGCGCUGACGCUGGUCUGGCGGUCACCGGCCGGACUCGCCUUCCAAACCAUCUCCCCUCGCGCCAGGCGAGACCGCGUGCGACCGCGAGGCUGGGAGCAGCGCCACAACGCCCCCGAAGACCACAUCCGUAGAUCGUAGAUCCCCGAGCGGAAUCGAUGGCAGCGGUGGAGAUGAGGAGACGGGAAAAGCAGCGAGUCGAUCGAGUCGCAGUAGCCACAGGCUCGGCGGCCAUUCUACGACCCAUAUUUAUACUACAUACUACAUUCAGAGUUCUAGUUAAUGAAAAUGCAACCGC